GGUCCAUACAAAGUUGCUAAUAAUUAAUUGGGGAAAGUGAUCAGGAAGAUGGAACUGGUAGCGUUGUUGAUUUCCACCCUUUUAGUGGCCUCUUCUGCCUUCAACGCCGCGGGGGCUGUUGAAUACGAGGUCACCAACAACGCCGUCGGCACCGACGGCGGCAACCUCUUCGACCAUGAGCUUGGGGUGGACUACAGCAAGCAAGUGCUGGCCGAUGCCUCUGCCUUCGUGUGGACGACCUUCCAGCAGUCCUCUGAAGCGGACCGGAAGAAUGUGCAGCUCAUAACGUUAUCCAUCGAGAACUUAAACAAAGAUAACGUCGUCGCAGAAACGAUCCAGAACAAUAUCCAUUACAAUGCCAAGUUCAUCACCGGCACCGGCGAUGACUUGAAGAGAGGCUUCGAAGGCGUCCUUUAUCACGAGAUGACCCACGUUUGGCAGUGGAAUGGAAACAACGCGGCCCCGACAUGGGUGAUAGAAGGAAUCGCAGACUUUGUGAGGUUGAAGGCUGGAUAUGUGCCGAGCAACUGGGCGAAACCCGGCGAAGGGAAAAAUUGGGAGGAGGGCUAUUCCGUGACUGCUCGAUUCCUCGACUACUGCAACGAUCUUAAGGGUGGUUUUGUGGCCCAACUCAAUGCCAAGAUGAGGAAUGGGUAUAGUGAUGACUUCUUUGCGGAGCUACUCGGCAAGCCCGUGGAUCAACUUUGGAACGACUAUAAGGCUCGAUAUGGAAGCUGAUGGAUGGAUGGACGAGCUUCAUCCACGCUAUGACAUAAUAUAGCUAGAAUAAGAUCAAGUUAUGAUCCUAAAUAUAGUUUUUACCUCUAUAUAUGGGAUGGUCGUUCCUGAUGUAUCAUCUGUUUGAGAUCUAGUCUAGCUAGAAUAUAUCUACAAAUUUCAGAAUUCCAAUGACCCAUGUAGAGUAAUAUAUUCCAGAUUAAGAUAUGCCAAUCUACCUUGGCUUAUCGUUCUG